GAACCAAACGGAUGCAAUAGAAAUAGAGACUCGGACGAAGAGCUCUGACCUCUGAGUUUAUAUUUGAUUCCAUAGGUCCAGGGCAUCACACUUCACACCGACUGCUGAAAAUAGCUUAUCAACAUAACCUCUUGUCUUUGACUUCGAACACCGGACGAAAAUAGCCAGCGCCAUGGGGAUCACCGGAAAUCUAACUUCCGACCAGCUCCAGUCCUUCAACUCUCAAGGUUAUCUUGUGUUGGAAUCAUUUGCAAGCCCUGAAGAAAUCGAUACCAUGACGAAGAGAAUGGAGCGAUUGCUUGAUGAUUUUGACUGCUCCUCCACCGCCUCAAUUUUCUCUACUAAGAAUCAGCAAAAGUUAACUGACAGUUACUUCUUCGAGAGCGCCGAGAAGAUCUCUUUUUUCUUCGAAGAGAAAGCAUUUGGAGAGGAUGGAAACUUACGGCUACCUAAGGAACUCUCUAUUAACAAAGUUGGCCAUGCAUUGCAUGAGCAUGACCCAGUGUUUAAAAACUUCUCUAGCUCUGAGAAAUUUUCAAGUAUGCUACGUUCCUUGGGUUACAGGAGGCCUGUGGUUAUUCAGUCUAUGUAUAUAUUUAAGCAACCAGGUAUUGGAGGUGAAGUAGUGCCUCACCAGGACAACUCGUUUCUGUAUACUGAACCAACAACUUGCACAGGGUUGUGGCUGGCCUUGGAAGAUGCAACAAUACAAAAUGGUUGCCUCUGGGCCAUUCCUGGAUCUCAUAAAAAUGGCCUGGUCAGAAGGUUUCUUAGAGGUGAACAAGGGGUGUACUUUGAUCGGUCUUUCCCUUCUUAUGACCAAAAGGAUUUUGUGCCUAUUGAAGUGAAAGCUGGUUCUUUGGUCAUCAUUCAUGGUGAUCUUAUUCAUCAAAGUUUUGAGAACCAGUCCCCAAAAUCAAGGCAUGCAUACAGCUUGCAUGUGGUGGACACUGAUGGCUGUAAAUGGGCACAAGAUAAUUGGAUUAGACGAAAAGUGGAGCCAGAACCUCUCUAUACAUCCUGAUCUAUCCUUUCGAAUCCAUAGCCAGUUUUUAUAAAAUGGGCGACUUUUGCAUGUCAAAACAGAAACCAUGUUUUCUCAGUUGCAACCUUGUGAACUCGGAGUGUAUGUUUUUCUUAUUCCUUUGCUUUUUUCAUGUACAUUAGAUAUUAUAAUAAAAUAAAAUAGAAGGCUGUCUUAGCACUGUAAAA